UGUCAUCGAGUGGAGACUAAACGGAAACAAGUUUAAAUAUUUUACCUAUAUUUUUUUAAUAGAAAAACAGAAACAGAGAAAAUGGCAAUUUCGUAUAUAAAAGAAAGAAGGGCAGCAAAUGCUCCAACAAACUCCACCAUUUUAUUCACAGAUUAUUUUACUCCACCACUUCAACUGACAAAAACUUGUGGUCUCUGUUCACUCAACCUCCGGAUUUAAGCCCUUUCGCCGCCGUCUCUUUCUCCGAGAACCUCCCUCUUCCUCCACCGCCUAUUCUCCUUCAUCUCCCAUGGCGGCCGGCCUCUCCGCCGCCGUAGCGCCCAAACCAUCCCAUCUCUUCCUCACUACUUCCCACCUCUCCCUUAAACCUCGAGCUCCAUUUCUGCUCCCCCCUGCAGUCUUCCGGAACAGUAAAAUCCAAUGGAAGGUUCGGAGAAAAUCGCUGUUCACCGUCUGCGUGCUCGUCGAGGAUCAAAAUAGUUCCGGCGAGAUGGAGAAUCUCGCCGAUGAAGGAUCACCGAUGAUUGUGGUCCCUCAGAUCCCGUCUCCUCGUGUUGCCGAAAAAUUGGCUCGGAAGAGAUCGGAGCGCUUUACUUAUCUUGUUGCUGCGGUUAUGUCUAGUUUUGGAAUUACCUCCAUGGCCGUCAUGGCGGUUUAUUACCGAUUUUACUGGCAAAUGGAGGGCGGAGAGAUUUCUUUCUCUGAGAUGUUUGGUACAUUUUCUCUCUCCGUUGGCGCUGCUGUCGGCAUGGAGUUUUGGGCGAGAUGGGCUCAUAGGGCUCUCUGGCACGCUUCCUUGUGGCAUAUGCACGAGUCGCACCAUAAACCAAGAGAAGGACCGUUCGAGCUGAACGAUGUUUUCGCCAUUACCAACGCCUUGCCCGCCAUAGCUCUCCUCUCUUAUGGCUUCUUCCACAAAGGCCUCGUCCCCGGCCUCUGCUUCGGCGCUGGCCUCGGAAUUACGGUCUUCGGCAUGGCCUACAUGUUCGUCCACGACGGUCUCGUUCACAAAAGAUUCCCUGUGGGUCCCAUUGCCAACGUGCCCUAUUUCAGAAGGGUCGCUGCCGCUCACCAGCUUCAUCAUUCGGAUAAGUUCAACGGUGUGCCCUACGGGCUGUUUUUGGGUCCAAAGGAAUUAGAGGAGGUUGGAGGCAUGGAAGAAUUGGAGAAGGAAAUCAGCAGAAGAAUAAAAUCAACGGCCACAAAAUCAAUCAACGGUUCAUGAUCAACCAGUCGUUUAGAGGGUUCCACUAUUGAUUAUAAUGUGAAAAUGAGAAGGAAAGAUAAAAAGGCCCUCCCUGAGCAGUAAUUUUUCCCUGUUUAAUAUUGAGAAGUGAAAUGUUUUCUAGAUUACGGCUUCUUUUUCCUUUUUUUUACUGUAUGAGGUAAAAAGGUAGAAGAAUGAGAGAGUAAAAUUGGUAGAAAGGUUUCGCUUUUACUA